AGACGGGCAGGGAGCGGACGCUCGCUUUUUGAAUUGCGUGCUGCGGGUGACUCUCGAAUGGCGGCUUUGCAGGGAAGAGGCGCCUCAGCAUUAGCGGACUGAAUGCUGUAGAAGGAAAAUAUUAUUUUAAUUAUGGCUGACAAUAGUACACUUAUCGCCGAAACGGGGAAGAGCAUCUUGGCAGAUUCUUCUAUUCUUGACUCCAGAAGUACCGAAACCUCAAAGGACAACAUAUUCACACGAUCUGCUUCUGAUGGGGAAGCAGAGGAAAUGCCCCAGGUUGAAACCAGAGUCGUUCUAGUUCAGGAAGCUGCAAAUUGUGAAGAACUUCUGAAAGCUUUAGAGACUGUUAAGAUAAUGGAAGUUCCAGUGAUAAAGAUAAAAGAAAUUAGUUCUGGUAAAUCGGAAGAAAAAGUAAUAAAAAGUAUUAUACAAAUGGAAAUUAAAGUGCCCUACAUAAGGACGGACGCAGUGGAUGAGUACCAGGACUCUGAUUCACUGGAGUUUGAGACGGUUUUUGUGGUAGCAGACUUUCAAGACUCUGUUUUCAAUACGUUGUACAAGGCAGAGUGCCGAAUCCUUGGGCCUCCAAUAGUACUGCAGUGUGCUAGAAAAGGCGAGCCUCUGCCUUUUUCAUGUCGUCCACUUUACUGUGGAAGUAUGAUGGAUCUUGUGUUGUGCUUCACAGGCUUCAGGAAGAAAGAAGAAUUGGUUAAACUGGUGACUUUGGCACAUCAUAUGGGAGGCAUUAUUCGUCGGGAUUUUUGUUCAAAGGUUACUCAUCUAGUGGCUAAUUCAACACAAGGAGACAAAUUCAGAGUCGCUGUGAGUCUUGGCACCCCAAUCAUGAAAGCAGAGUGGAUCUAUAAGUCUUGGGAGAAAAGAAAUGAUAUCGACUUCUGUGCUGCUGCUGAGGAAUUCAGGAAGGAAUUUAAAGUCCCCCCAUUUCAGGACUGCAGGUUAAGUUUUCUUGGAUUCUCUGAUGAUGAGAAGAAGAAUAUGGAAGAAAUGACAGAAAUGCAGGGUGGACAACAUUUGCCUGUUGGUGAUGAAAAGUGCACUCAUCUUAUAGUUGAAGAAAACACAGUAAAAGACCUUCCAUUUGAACCAUCUCAAAACCUUUAUGUUGUAAAGCAGGAGUGGUUUUGGGGAAGCAUUCAGAUGGAUGCCAGAGCUGGAGAAUCUAUGUACUUAUUUGAAAAGCCAGACAGUUCCGAAUUGAAAACAUCGGUCUCGCAACUGUCUCUGAAUACUCCAAAUAGCAAUCGCAAGAGGCGCCGCUUGAGGGAGACCCUUGCCCAGCUCACCAGGGAAACAGACAUGUCCCCCUUCCCACCAAGGAAAAGGCCAUCGGCUGAGCAUUCUCUUUCUAUAGGAUCCUUACUUGACAUUUCCAACACGCCUGAAUCAAGUGUGACUCAUGGAGAAACUCCAAAGUCAUCUGCAAAGCCUUCCAAAAACUCAACGCCUCUUCUACCAAAGCAGUCUGCAAGGUGGCAGGUUGCAAAGGAGCUGUAUCAGACAGAAAGCAACUAUGUAGAUAUCCUGACAACCAUAAUCCAGGUCUUUCAAGUGCCUUUGGAACAGGAAGGACAGCUUGGUGGCCCCAUCCUUGCAUCAGAAGAAAUCAAAACCAUUUUUGGAAGCAUUCCUGACAUCCUUGAUGUACACAUCAAGAUAAAGGAGGACCUUGAAGACCUUAUGAUAAAUUGGACUGAAAGCAAAAGCAUUGGCGAUGUCAUCCUGAAAUAUUCAAGAGACUUGCUGAAAACGUACCCUCCAUUUGUGAACUUCUUUGAAAUGAGCAAGGAAACCAUUACCAAGUGUGAAAAACAGAAGCCAAGGUUUCACGCUUUCCUGAAGAUAAAUCAAGCUAAACCAGAGUGCGGCCGCCAGAGUUUGGCAGAGCUCCUCAUCCGUCCUGUUCAGAGGCUUCCUAGCGUUGCUCUUCUUUUAAACGACCUCAGGAAACAUACUGCAGAAGACAAUCCUGACAAGGCGACUCUUGAGAAAGCCAUUGAGUCACUAAAGGAAGUGAUGACGCAUAUUAAUGAAGAUAAAAGGAAAACCGAAGCACAGAGGCAGAUUUUUGAUGUUGUUUAUGAAGUAGAUGGUUGUCCAGCCAACCUCUUGUCAUCUCACCGAAGUCUAAUUCAGCGGCUGGAAACGGUGGCACUUGGUGAUGACCUCUGUGACAGAGGGGAGCAGGUCACGCUGUUCCUUUUUAACGACUGCCUGGAGAUUGCAAGGAAACGACACAAAGUCAUUGGUGGUUUCAAGAGCCCGCACGGCCACACCAGGCCCCCAGCCUGCCUCAAGCAUGUCAUCCUCAUGCCGUUGUCUCAGAUCAAGAAAGUGCUAGACAUCCGAGAGACAGAAGACUGCCACAAAGCAUUUGCAUUGAUUGUGCGACCCCCAACAGAACAGACCAACUUGCUGUUCAGUUUCCAGAUCACAACCGAGGAGCCUCCCAAAGAGGACUGGCUGAAGAUGCUCUGUCGGCACGUGGCCAACACAAUAUGCAAAGCCGACAGUGAAAAUCUAAUUUAUACAACUGAUCCUGAUUCCAUUGAAGUAAACACUAAAGAUAUGGACAGUACAUUGAGCAGAGCAUCCCGGGCCAUAAGGAAAACAUCCAAAAAGGUUACCCGAGCCUUCUCUUUUUCCAAGACGCCCAAGAGAGCCCUUCGAAGAGCAUUGAUGGCACACAACAAUGUGGACGGAAAGAAUUUCUGCCCAACGAGCGACAGCUACUUAGGAGGGCGCCUUGCCAGUACUUCAUCCCUAGCGGGCAUCCACUCCCCUUCUUUGAUCAACCUGCCGUCGGUGUUUGAAAAAAGGAGUCAUACCUUAAGUCGAUCGACUACUCAUUUGAUAUGAACUUGGUGGAAAAUGGACUCGCAACAUAAAAUUGUGGCUGGCCAAAAGGUGGUUUGGCUUCCCAAGCAAUCCCUUACUGACAUGAAUGGAGGUACUUAGCUAGCACUUAGUGGCAGUUAGUAAACUUGUAGAUAACACUAAGGUGAGCAUCAAGAGUUGUCUGAUUUGUCUACAAAACAAAGUAAAGGACUGGACCUUGGUUUGGGUAAUAAGCUUUUUCUUUGCACAUGUUACUCUGUCAGCAUAAUCAAAAUAUUUUGCUCUAUGUAAAGACUUCAUAAAUAAAAUGGUAUUUGAAUGCGUUUGGUGAAAUUUGAAAGUUAAUCAAUGGUAUACCAACUGACUGAGGAUGGUGAAUUUUGUUCCUAAAACAGUAUUUUUUAAUAUAUUUUGACAGCAUAUAUUGUGAGUUUCAUUCAUCUGCAUGAACGAAUUUCUACAGUAAAAAUCAUGCUGAAUUUUUGAAGUACAGAAAUCAACCUGUGUUUGUAGGAUAUAAAAAAUGAGGUUUUUACAUGCCUGAAUAUUUUUUUAUUCCUUCAUGGCACUGUGGAGAUGUUGGUGUUUCAGUGGAAAACAUAAAAUAUUUUCACCAGUUUUUCAACUGAUUUAAUGUUCAGCUGCUAGGUUUAACAAAAUUAAAAUUUUCCCAAGAUAGGAACUGCUCUAAAAAAAAAUCACUUGAUAAUUGUAUUUAUAAUCUUUGAUGGAGACCAUUUUAAAAAGAAGCAGUUUCUAAAACAUAAUGAAACACUUUUAAUUCAUACUGCUCAUGCACAGAUUUCAGUAUGGAGAUAAAAUGUAGAUUUGACUUCAAUAUCUACUGCUGCUAUUUUUUUUUAUUCAAAGGCCUUUAUAUAAAUUCCUUUGGAACAUUCGCUUUGUGGUUUUUCUUAUACUUCUGGUAUUUUCCCUUGCAGCAAAACAUCUAUGGAAUAAUCAGGUUUCGUAAUAUAAUUUUAACACUUUCUGUGGAAAUUAAUCUUUUACUUGCUCUGUGUAUUAGGGAGAAAUAGUGGGUGCAACUUCUAGCUUCUCAUUCCUUUAACCACAGAUGCUACUUGUAUUCUGGCAUAAUUUGUGACACUUAUUCUGUAUCUUUUAAAAAUUCUAUAUUUGCAGAAACAUUUGUAAAUAAACUGUUUAUGUUAACAUUGAA